AUGGGAAAAGGAAUGUGGGGUUAUGUAUCUGGCGAUAUUGUUGUCCCAUCUGAUAAAAAAGCAGAAAAGUAUGCUGAUUUGUUGAGUACGUGGCAGAUGCAAAAUUCUAAAAUCAUCACUUGGAUCAAUAAUUCCGUGGACAUCUCGAUUGGUAUGCAACUUGCAAAAUUUGGUACAUCUAAGGAAAUUUGGGAACACUUAGAAAGAUUGUACAAGAGAUCCAACUUUGCUAAACGUUAUCAGUUAGAAAGUGAUCUUCGAGCCACCAAACAAGGAGAUAAAAGCAUUCAAGAUUUUUAUAAUGUUAUGACUGGACUUUGGGAUCAACUUGCACUGACUGAACCUUCUGGACUUAGCUCUAUUGAUCUUUAUUGUACAUACAGAGAAGAGCAGCGCCUUGUUCAAUUUCUCAUGGCUCUCCGAGAUGACUUUGAAGCACUUCGUGGUUCUAUUCUUCAUCGUAAUCCCCUUCCUUCUGUUGAUUCUGUUCUCAAUGAAUUAUUAGCUGAAGAGGUUCGCUUAACUUCCCAUGCUGGCACGGGUCUUCUUCCUUUGCCAAACCAGACAGUCUUUGCUGCCCAAUCUCGGUCCUUUCAUUCUUCACAAAAUAAGCCACGUCCUAGAGUUGCAGCUGAUGAAUGCGCCUUUUGCAAAGAAAAAGGUCAUUGGAAAUCUCAAUGUCCUGUACUCCUUAAUAAGAAGUCCCAACCACAGCAAGUCUUCCCACCCAAACGAUCUCCAACAGCUGCAGUUGUUUCAUCCCAUCGCGAAUCUUCCGCCAGUCCUACAGUGUCCCUGACUGCAGAGCAAUUUCAGAAGCUUUGUUCUACCCAUCAGCCUAAUGCCUUGUCCAUGAUUUCCCAUUCUUCAGGUUUGCCUUCCUCAUCUUCUUCAGGUAUAUCCCCAUCCACUUGGAUCUUUGACUCAGGCGCUACACAUCAUAUGACUAGUGAUUUGUCAUUGUUUACUUCAUUGUCUUCUUUGUCCACGUCAAUUUCUGUUUUGACUGCCAAUGGCACUUCUAUGUCAUUGGCUGGUAUUGGCUCUAUCACAACUUCUAGCCUAUGUCUAUCCGAUGAUCCUCACUCCAAGAAGCUGAUUGGGACAGGCCGUAGAGAGGGAGGAUUAUAUGUGUUGGAGAAGCUCCAGAUUCCUGCCUUGGUGGCUUCGUCUAUUGAUUUGUCGUCUUUUUGUCUGAGUCCUAAGUCGUCUAAUUUUUAUCUUUGGCAUUCUCGUCUUGGUCAUGUCUCUGGUUCUCGUUUGAAAUAUUUAGUUUCUACAAGAGCUUUAGGCAAUUUCAAUUGUCAUGACAUUUCAGAUUGUAGUGGGUGUAAACUUGCCAAAUUUUCUGCAUUACCUUUUACUAGAAGUUCCUCUAUUUCUUUAGCACCUUUUGAUUUAAUUCACUCUGAUGUAUGGGGCCCAGCUCCUAUUUCUAGUAAAGGGGGCGCUAGAUAUUAUGUUUCAUUUAUUGAUGACUACUCUCGUUAUUGUUGGAUUUAUCUUAUGAAACGCCGCUCUGAUUUCUUUACUAUCUUUCAAAAUUUUCGCGCCCUUGUUCAUACACAAUUUUCUACUGUCAUUAAAUGUUUUCGGUGUGACUUGGGUGGUGAAUAUACCUCUCAUGCUUUCACUGACUUACUUGCUUCAGAUGGUACCAUACACCAAUUCUCUUGCACUGCCACUCCUGAACAAAACGGUGUUGCCGAAAGGAAACAUCGACAUAUUGUUGAAACUGCCAGGUCUAUGUUGCUUUCUGCUGAUGUCCCAAAAGUUUUUUGGGGCGAAGCAGUUCUGACUGCCAAUCAUGUGAUUAAUCGUAUUCCCACAUCUCUCACCUCUGGUAUAUCUCCGUUUGAAAGAUUGUAUGGUAAUAGUCCUGAUUAUUUCUCAUUGAAAGUGUUUGGUUGUACUUGUUUUGUUCUUCGUCCUCCUGUUGAACAUACAAAAUUAUCUGCUCGCUCUGCUAUGUGUGUUUUUCUUGGUUAUGGCGAAGGACAAAAAGGUUAUCGUUGUUAUGAUCCUAGUGCACAAAAAUUGUAUGUCUCUCGUCAUGUGGUUUUUCUUGAGCAUAUUCCUUUUUUCUCCAUUCCUACUAGUUCUCCUACUUUAUCGAAUUCUGAGCUCAUGUAUAUCGAUCCUUUUUCACCUAGUAAUGAUGAUUUCUCUUAUUCUGACAAUGUUAAUAUUUCUCCUGUUUCUAGUUCCCCUUCUAAUCCUUGUGUUACUUCUCCUCCUAUUACUCAAGUGUAUUCUCGCAGGAAACAUGUCAUCAGUUCUGACACUAAUAAUCCUUCUUCUCCUUUGGUGCCUGCUUCAACUUCUGUGGAUGUGGAUCCAAUAGCACCUCGUUAUCCUUCGCGCACUCAUAAGCCCCCUCAUCGGUUUGGUUAUUCUUCUACUGAUUUUAGUUAUUCUUGUUAUUCUCAUGAUUUCUCUUCUUUCUUAUCUUCUAUACAUACUCUCUCUGAACCCACCUCCUACAAGGAGGCUAUAUGUAAUCCUCUUUGGCAACAGGCUAUGAAUGAAGAACUUUCUGCUCUGCAUAAAACUGGCACAUGGGAUUUGGUUCCUCUUCCUCCCGGUAAACAUGCAGUUGGAUGUCGAUGGGUUUAUAAAAUUAAGACUAAGUCUGAUGGUUCUCUUGAGAGAUAUAAGGCUCGUUUGGUUGCUAAGGGAUUUACACAGGAAUAUGGCCUUGAUUAUGAAGAGACCUUUGCUCCAGUGGCCAAGAUGACUUCUGUUCGUACUUUACUUGCUGUUGCCUCAGUUCAUCAAUGGAGUUUAUCACAGAUGGAUGUUAAAAAUGCUUUUUUGAAUGGGGAUCUUUUCGAAGAGGUGUAUAUGGUUCCCCCUCCAGGUGUUCCUCAUAAUCCCGGGGAGGUGUGUCGUUUACGGAAAGCUUUGUAUGGUCUUAAACAAGCUCCUCGUGCUUGGUUUGAGAAAUUCUCUGCUGUUAUUGGUUCUCUUGGUUUUCAAUCAAGUGCUCAUGAUCCUGCCUUGUUUGUUCGUUCUACCUCUGUUGGUCGUAUCCUUCUCCUCCUUUAUGUUGAUGACAUGAUUCUUACGGUGAUGAUUUGGAUGGUAUCACCCAAUUAA